GUAAAGUAGCUAUAAUAUAGUGGAUGAGAAGGAGGAGGUUUGAGCAUUACUUUAUAUUCGUAUGACAAUAUGAUAAUCAUCGACUUUUCUACAAAGAAAUCAACCGGCGCGUGAUUUUAACAUCUGAAUUUAUCGAAUGCAGCGGUUCAGUGUCGAAAGAGAAAUUUAAUCAAGUGCGAAACUGCGAAAACUACGACGGCUGUUUAUAAUUUUUUGUUCUGUGUGUGUUCAAUCAAUCAAAUGGUUUACUCGGCAACCGAUAUUCGCAGCGAAUGAUUGUGGAUAUAUCAACUUCGAUCUACUGAUAAACCGUGUCGAGUUAAAGAAUUCAUCUUUCUCACACCAUACAACUCGCUCGCCGAGGAAUCACCCAGACAGUGACGUACUUGAUAGGUUAAAAAAUGGGGUGUUUCGGGAGCAAGGAUAAGCUGAGCAAAGAGGACAUGGAUUUUCUCAAGUCGCACACGCGGUACGACGAAGCCACCAUCAAGGAAUGGUACAAAGGAUUUAAGCAAGACUGUCCAAACGGCAGGCUGACUCCGGCCAAGUUCGUCGACAUGUACAAAAUGUUUUUCCCCUCUGGUAAUGCCGAGGAAUUCUGCGACCACGUCUUCCGCACAUUUGACAUGGACAAGAACGGGUACAUCGACUUCAAGGAAUUCCUACUGGCGAUAGACGUUACAUCCAGCGGGACACCCGAGGAGAAAUUAAAAUGGGCCUUUCGAAUGUACGACGUAGACGGAAAUGGCGUCAUCGACAUCCAGGAGAUGACGAAGAUUGUACAGGCGAUUUACGAUAUGCUUGGCGCAUGUUCGAGCAACAGGCCAGCCGACAGCGCUGAGGAGAGGGCGAAGAAUAUUUUUGCCAAAAUGGACGAGAACAACGACGGACAGCUGACGCAAGAGGAAUUCCUCAAGGGCUGUCUGCAGGACGAAGAACUCUCCAAGAUGCUGGCACCUUAAUCCCUAUUCGCCGGAACAAGAUAAGAUAUAUAUAUAUAUAAAUAUAUAUAUGCAAUAUGUUGAGUCUCUACACACAGUUACGUUUCAAUAACAGCACAAAUGAAACGCUAUAUAUAUAUAUACAAAAUACCUACACUAAUUUGCAAUCGGUAUGCGGCGUUGAUCUUGAUAUAUACAUAUAUGCAACGGUCAGACCUGUAGCAUAAUGCGCUUUGUCUCCGUGUUAUUUGAAACCGGAUGAAUCUUCCGUUCGUCAUUUAUCUUGAAAGAGAUAAAAAAAAAAACU